AUGGCUCAGGGUAACUUGAAAUUGAAAUCUAAAGGACCAGGCCGCGUUACGAAGAAACAACAGAAUCCAGCACGUGCCAAACCAAAGAUCAUUAAACCUAAAAAGCAAACAGCAAAAGAAGCGCAAAAAUUGACAAAAGUCCAUCAAGGACAGUUGAUGAAGAGUACGGAGACACUUAUUGCUGGAAGAGUCGGACACUUGGAACUCAUUAAAGGAUCAAGAAGACAAACAGAAAAGGAAAAUAAGGCUGCUGCUGCUGCUGCUGCUGCAAAACUGAAAAAAUGA